AUGGCAUUAGGCAAUACAAGCAAGAAAAAAACGAGAAAUCAAGCUCUACUGAAUGAAAAAGAUCAGUUCGAUUCACUAAGGGCAGCACAAGCUAUCUUCCAAAGACAUAACAAUAAUUCCAGGUCAACAAAGAACCAAUUAACCUCCGAACAUAGUAACUAUAAACUAGCCUCACAGCCUAUAUCUUUAAAGAAAACGGUUAGAGAUUCUAUUUCACAGAAGACAUCAAGAAGACCUAAUCCCAGUAGAUCUCCGAUCUUAUUAGAUCGACAGCGUUUAUUACAUUCGUCAUCACCAAUAAUACACAACACAUCUGUUAAUCUCAAUCAUGCGUCAGCUUCCGAAAGUGAUAUUGCGUCAAUUGCUGCAGCUUUAGCACAUUCCCACAUUGCUGACCACGAAUCAAAGCUGAAGAGUGUAUUCGAACAAAAUAGUCCAGAUGUAACCUCAAUAUCAAGUAUGCAAACUGAAGAAACGCCUCAACCGAGUGAAAUUCUGUCUAACCUUUCUUUGUUAGAAAAUAGCAACGAUAAUAAAAUGAUUUCGCUGGGGACUCCCAAUAAUAAUGAUAUUCAUGACGAAGGCAACAAAGAUGGACCCGUUCUACGACCUGUACCAUUUGCUGUCGGUAUAGAAAGAACAGGCCCAACAAGAAAACGACCUCCACCACCUCCUAAUAUUUUCCAAGAGGCCCAAGUAUUUUCGGAUCCUUCGGAAUUUUUACAUGAAGAACAAUUGGAAAACAUGUCAUUACGUUCAUUAUCUUCUUCCUCGACUUCUUCCUCAUCAGCAUCGUCGCCAGCAUCAUCAUCGUCAUCGUCGUCCUCUUCUUCAUAUUCUACUGCAAGUGAAUCUUUAAUUCCAACGGAACCAACGGCAACACUUGUUGUACGAGAGUCUCCUACUUUAAGUCCCACUUUUUCAAAUCAAAGUAGUGACGAUUCGACCUACAUGUUUGAUAAUGAGUUACAAAAGGGCUAUAAGAAGAAGAAGAAGAAGAAGAAAUCAAAGAGAUAUAAAGUGAAAUCGUUAACUCAUAAAUUUUUCAGAAAUAAUGUUGUAUACAACGAAGGCGACAUUGAAGAUAGUUCUACAACAUCGAAUCCAGUGAAGUUCAGAACGACAAUGAGACAUGACUACGAAAUAAAACGAAAGUUUAAUGAGGACAAACCUUGGAAAAAGCAUCGUUCUGUAAUGUAUUUGUCUGAUGCCGAGAGGAAACGGUAUGAAGGAAUGUGGAUCGUGAAUCGAUUCACAUAUUUAAAUUUACUCCCUUGGUGGCCACAAAACACUGAUGAUGAAAAGGAAGUGGAGGAAAAUACAGGGAGAACACUCAAUUUACCCGAAGAGGGGCUUAUCUUGAAUCAAAUCGUAAUGGACAUUUGGAAUCGAUCGAACCUUCCCUCGACACUCUUAACCAGGAUCUACGAUUUGGUUGAUCUGAGGAAAGACGGCACAUUGAAUAGAAAAUCCUUCAUUCUGGGUAUGUGGUUGGUCGACCAAUGUCUCUACGGUAGGAAGCUUCCAGAAUAUAUCUCACAGCCACUCUGGGACAGUGUGGACAACAACAUGAUGAACAUCAUCCAAGAAAAGACAUACAACGAACUCUACAGUAAGCAGAAAAAGAAAAACGUCAGGAGCAAACUGGUGAGAAGGGAACUCAAACAUCUCUCCAGCGGCAUAAAACACGUCUCAUCUCAUCUAUAA